CCUUUCUUUUCUGUCCUUUCUCUUUUUUUUUUUUUCGUUUUUCUUUCUCAGGAUAAAUUCUCAUUCGCUUCGUCUCUUUCGCUAGAUCUGCUUCCUCCUCCAAUCCGAAGUGGGAUUGGAUCGAUCGGCGGCUAUGGCGACUUCCCAGCGGCCCUUGGUGGCCGGAGGUGGCGGAAGGAGUGCCAAAGGCGGCGGCUUUCGCCCCUCUGUGUUGCUUCCCCUUUUCGUCGCCGUUCUGGCCUCUUCGUCUUUCUUGGCGGUCCGAGGCAGCGACCGCAUGCUGAUCUCGUCGGUUGAUCAUGGACUAAUUGACUGGCAAACGAACUUAACUAGAAGGAAAUUGAACGAGGGAAUGCAAGAGAGGAGAUCAGUGUUUGGCCAACAAGAUGAGGAGGCAAUAGUUAGGCUAGAAAAUGUCGCUAUUGAACGUUCAAAAGCUGUUGAUUCUGCUGUAUUGGGGAAAUAUAGCAUAUGGAGGAAAGAAAGUGAGCAUGAAUAUCCUGAUGCAAAAGUUAGAUUUAUGCGUGACCAGAUAAUCAUGGGUAGGAUCUACACUGUACUUGCGAAAUCAAAGAACAAGAUGGAUCUUUACCAAGAACUGUUGAGUCGGAUCAAAGACAGCCAACGUGUAGUGGGAGAGGCCAAUGCUGAUGCUGAUCUCCAUCACAGUGCUCCUGAGAAAAUCAAGACAAUGGGUCAAGUUCUGUCAAAAGCAAGAGAAGCAUUGUAUGACUGCAAGACAGUGACCCAGAGACUUAGAGCUAUGCUUCAAUCCGCAGAUGAACAAGUUAGGAGCUUGAAGAAACAAAGUACAUUUCUUAGUCAAUUGGCAGCCAAAACAAUUCCUAAUGGAAUAAAUUGCUUGUCAAUGCGUUUAACUAUCGAAUACUAUUUGCUUCCUGUGGAGAAAAGAAAAUUUCCAAAGAGUGAAAAUUUGGAAAAUCCAGACUUCUACCAUUAUGCACUUUUCUCUGAUAAUGUCUUGGCUGCUUCAGUAGUUGUCAAUUCUACCAUCAUGAAUGCAAAGGAGCCAGAAAAACAUGUAUUUCAUCUAGUGACUGACAAAUUGAAUUUUGGAGCCAUGAACAUGUGGUUUUUGUUAAACCCUCCUGGAAAGGCAACCAUUCAUGUAGAAAAUGUGGACGACUUCAAAUGGCUGAAUUCUUCCUACUGCCCAGUUCUACGGCAGCUUGAAUCUGCAGCUAUGAAAGAGUACUAUUUUAAGGCUGAUCAUCCUUCAGCAGGAUCUUCCAAUCUAAAGUACCGAAAUCCAAAGUAUUUGUCAAUGCUAAACCAUCUGAGGUUUUAUCUUCCAGAGGUCUAUCCCAAGUUGGAUAAGAUCCUGUUUCUUGAUGAUGACAUUGUUGUUCAGAAGGAUUUGACAGCAUUAUGGUCUGUCGAUUUAAAUGGAAAUGUUAAUGGUGCAGUGGAGACCUGUGGUGAAAGUUUCCACCGGUUUAACAAGUAUCUCAAUUUUUCCAACCCUCACAUUUCCAGCAACUUUGAUUCUAAUGCAUGUGGCUGGGCCUAUGGGAUGAAUAUGUUUGAUCUCAAGGAGUGGAAGAAGAAAGACAUUACAGGGAUUUAUCACAAAUGGCAGAGCAUGAAUGAAGAUCGGGUGCUGUGGAAGCUUGGAACACUUCCUCCAGGAUUGCUUACAUUUUACAAACUGACUUAUCCCUUGGACAAAUCCUGGCAUGUUCUUGGCUUAGGGUAUAACCCCACGAUUGAUCGCGCGGAGAUAGAAAAUGCAGCAGUAGUCCACUACAAUGGGAACAUGAAGCCUUGGUUGGAGUUGGCAAUGACUAGGUACAGGACCUACUGGACCAAAUACAUCAACUAUGAACAUCCUUACAUCAAGACAUGCAAACUAAGUGAAUGAGAACUGCGUCGCGAGGGGCUAUCAAAGACACAACCUGCUUCUUUAAUGAUCAGUGAGAUUGUUUCAAUGAAACAAUGUUCUUGUCAAAGGACCAUCUUGCUCUCAAAUUCAUUCUUGACUCUCUCUCUUCUUUUGUUAAUUUUUUCUCAAGUCCUUUCCUGUGGAGAGAUGCUUGUAGCAAUUUAUGCUUGCAUCCCUGUUCAGUAGUGACUCUUUUGUAAUUGACAGACUAAAUUUUCUUUUUUAUUAAUUAUUAUUAUAUAACGCUUAUUGUUUCUUUA